AAAGCAGCUGUCGACGCGCGGACGGAGGCGCACAUCGUGGCUCCAACGCAGAGAAGCACAUCUUCUGCAGCUCUGGUGGAUUUGAUCUGCACCUCCAACCACUGGUUCAUUUUUCUUUCUCCCUCCCGCGUGUUUUCCAAAGUUCGGAUAUAUUUUUGGAGCUUGUUUUUUAAAAAGCAUCUCUCUCUCUCUUUUUGUUCCCCCCGCUGUGAAGACAUGCAUCGGGGCGCCGCGGUGCUGCUUCUGGUGCUGGUGGCCGUGUACGUCCUGCGCGCAGAAGCUUAUAAGUGCAGGUGCACCAGAAAAGGGCCGAAGAUCCGAUACAAGGACGUGCAGAAGCUGGAGAUCAAACCCAAACACCCCUUCUGCCACGAGAAGAUGAUAUUUGUGACGAUGGAGAACGUGGCUCGGUUCAAAGGGCAGGAGUAUUGUCUCCAUCCCAAACUGCAGAGCACCAAGAACCUGGUCAAAUGGUUCCGCAUUUGGAAGGAUAAGCACAGGGUGUAUGAAGCCUGAAACCUCCGCACACGUGGAUCAAGUGAGGCAGGAGAAAGAAAAGAAGACAUCAAAUCCACCCGGACUGUUGGUUUUUGUUGCAAAGUACAAGAUGUUUUCUGCUAUCAACCUGUACUUGUUGCCCUCUUCCGAGAUCUGUCGAGCGUCUUUAGUUGCUAUAUAUACAUAGAUAUAUAUAUAUAUAUAUAUAUGUGUAUGUAUAGUUAGUCACUCACCACUCCCGUCUUUACAACCGUAGUAAUAAAGUCAAAUAGUGGACGAGCGGCCGCCAUCCGUGUUCACACACUCGAUUCGUUCGGUUCUUACUUAAAGAAACUUCUCUUUCGCUUUUAGGCCUCUUUUCAAAGUCAAGACCGUGUCAAUGUGAAGAGACGGGCGAGGCUUCCUGUCUCAAAAGGUUAAAUACAGUGUGGGUGUUUCAGGUGUUAAGACUUUCGAUGAUGAUUAAGAUCCUCAAUAAAUCAGACUCUAGGUUUUCAGUGUGCGGUGACGUAUAAUACAGAAGUCACUGUUGUUCAGUCAGAGCGAGAAGUGUGUGUGUGUGUGUGUGUGUGUGUGUGUGUGAUUACUAUGUCCAUGGUAGUCAUGUGUUGUCCCAUUAACAGUCAGAGUAGUUUAAGUAGAUAUUAAAGAAUGCAAAUAGUUCAUUUAGAGUAGAUUUUGACCUUCGGAGUUCAUUUGAAAAACUCUAAAUUUAAAUAAACUAAGAAAUCAAGACUGUCUGUAUUUUACAUGAAAAAAGACAAUCUAAAUCCAUCUUAAAAUAAAUGUGUAAUGAAGCAAUACGUCAUACAAACUGCCCACAUGACCAGCGUAUAGAGCUACAUAUAACGAAAGGAUGAGGCUGGAGGUAGUCUUUGAUUUUGUUAACGUGUACAAAUAUCCCAUGGGAAUCAAUUAGGUCUGAGGAACAUCCGUUCGCGUUGAAGACGUACAUUCAUAUGAAACCAUUCAGGAGUAACUGCUGACAUUUUCAAAGAAAUAUCAGGCAUUGGAUACGUAAAAUACUCGUUAUUGGAUGGAUUCAUUGUUGCUGUUUUUCUUUUCCUUCAUUGACAAUAACAAAAACUGAGAAUAUUAUGGUAUUUAUGGUGAUGUUAGUCUGCUCUUACGAUCGUAUCUCUCCUCAUGUUCAUCUCUUCAACAAUAACUGUACAAUUAUUCGAUAUGCUGUGGAUGAACUUGGUAAUAAUGACUGUUGGGUGUUUGUUUUGCAACAAAACAGAUGUAGUUCACCCACAACUACAUCUGCAUAUAUGCAACAUCACCACGUUAUCUUUACCUUUAAAGAAUGUGUAUUACUAUUGUUUUAUAUCUUAAAUAUCAACAUACAUAAAGCAGCCUUUUGUAAAUGAACCAGUAUAGCCCAUGUGUUAGUAAGAACGCAUUCAUCUUAAGACUACAGCAUUAUGUAUAUUGCAUUACUUCAUUAUAGUCGUUGUUUUUUCGCUAUUUAAAUCUUGGUUUGGUAACAAAUAUUUUGAGGGUGAAUGUUGGGAACGGCUCGUCAAACACACAGCUAAACAUUCCUUUGAGUGUAAAACAACAAACACGGCAAUAAAGUGUCUAUAGAGCAGCUCGUGUUGGCAUCUGAUUGAUGAUUUAAAUAUGGAAACUGAAACGGAGGAGAAACGAUGCUGAGCAGAUGUGCAAAGACGAAGAUGAGGUGAGACAAGUUGUUCACCAGGUGGCAGUGCAGACCCGCUGAUUCAAACCAGGCCGUGUGGUAAUAAAGGGAAGAAAUAAAAGACUGAACAACACGGAGAUCGGUCUGCUGUAAUAUGAAUAUUUCAGCGCUUUGGGGUUUGGACACAAAUUGUACUUGUGUAUACAGAAAACUACUAAAUAACAUAAGUAUAUGUUAAAGAUAUAUAAGUAAUAUAUGGUUUCCUGGGGAGCGCUUUAUAAAGGCCAUGUCAGUAGAUAUGUCGGUUGUUUCAAAUCAGAAGCCAUUUAUUGCUGCAUAUGUUACACAUAGAGGAAUUUGACUUAUAUGUAUAAGAUUAAAAUCUAAGAAUAAAGAUCAACGUUUUACUGACAUACCAUGUACAAAUACAACAAAUAUAUAAAAUGUUUGUGGGUAAAAGACUGUUGAGUACUUUAAUAAAUAUUAUUGGAUUGUAUUGUA